AUGGCGUCUGCGUUACCGGACUAUCCAAUUUUUGAUUGCGCUGAUUUGUCAAGUGCCGGACCAAGAUGGAAGAAAUGGCUUGGACGAUUUGAUAACUUGACACUUGCAAUGAAUAUCAAAGAUUCUGAUGAAGAUAAGCAAAGGAAGACAUCUCUAAUGUUGCACUACAUGGGUGAGCAAUGUUACGAUAUUUAUGAAACCUUGAAGGAGGAAAAUGAUACUUUUGCUGAUACAAGAAGAAAAUUGACCGAAUAUUUUGUUCCCAAAGCCAAUAGUGAGUACGAAAUUUAUUUGUUUCGCAACACAAAACAACAUGAGGGUGAGUCACUUGAUCAAUUUUGUACACGACUUAAGAAAAUGGCUGUAAAUUGUGAGUUCGAUCCUGAAAAGGUAGAAGGGGAAAUCAAAAGUCAAAUAAUUCAGGGAUGCAAAUCGUCAGAAUUAAGGAAAAAAUGUUUAAGCAAAAAGAUGGAUUUAAAAACCCUACUCGACAAUGGUAAAGCAAUGGAACUGGCAAAAUCUCAUCUGUCUGUGAUGGAAGGAAACACUGAAGAAACUGCACAAGAGAAUGCGUAUCGGAUCAAAUCAGUGAACCAAAACAAAACACGCAAGAAAAACAAUUACUCAGGGAAAAUUUGUUUUUAUUGUGGCGGCUCGUUUCCACACAAAGGUCAGUGUCCUGCUAAAGGGCGAAAAUGUUUUAAUUGCAAUGAUUAUGGUCAUUUUGCAAAGUUUUGUAGGAAGCCAAAACAGAAGAAGUUUUCACGUUCUGUUAAUAAUUUGAAAGCAAGCUCAAACAACUCAAGUAAAGUUGAAUCUCAAAGUUGUGCAAAUUCUGAAUACUCAAUGAAGGUUGAACAGUCUCAGAUUUGUAAUAAGCUUCCAACAGUUGAAGUGGAUGUUAAUAGUGUUAAAUGCUGUUUUAUUGUUGACAGUGGUUCUAGUGUUAACAUCCUAGACAACAAAGCGUAUCAAGAAAUACGGAGGAAUACUUCCAAAUGUUGCAGGUUGUGUCCUGCUGAUACAAAGUUAUUUGCUUAUGGUAGUGAAAAACCACUGCAGUUAAUUGGCAAAUUUGCUGCAAAUGUGAAGUCAAAUGAUGGCCAGCAACUGUCAGCUGAUUUCUAUGUAAUGAAACAUGCCAAAGGUUGUUUAAUGUCCAAUGACACAGCAGAACAACUUGGAAUACUGAAGAUUAUACAUUCCGUUGAAAAUGAACGAGAAAAGCGUACAAAGGAAAUUCUGUCAGAGUAUGAUAGUAUAUUUCAUGGUGUCGGAAAACUCAAAGGAUACCAGUUAAAGCUGAACAUCGAUGAAUCUGUGGAUCCAGUACAUCAAAAACACAGAAGAGUACCAUUUAAAACCAGAGCUAAAGUGGAAAAGGCAAUUAAAGAGCUAUAUGAAAAUGAUAUCUGUGAAGAUGUGGAUAAUACACCAACUCCGUGGGUAUCUCCUAUAGUUGUGGUACCUAAAUCCAGUGAUCCUGAUAAUAUUCGAUUGUGUACGGAUAUGAGAGCUGCGAAUAAAGCUAUCAAAAAGGGUGAAACAUCCAAUGCCAACAAUGGAUGA